AUGCUCACUCAGAGGCGUCCUUCCUCGUCCGAUACCCGCACAACUCACUCCGACGAGCACCCACCGAGCAAUGCACGACCUCAUCCUGUCAGGCCUGCCCACCAGCCGAUCACGCUCAGACUACCUGCUGUCAAACUCGCCCCUCGCGCGUCGCUCACGCACAUCGCGCCCCGACUCUCCCGCACCAGCGUACCGCGAACAGCACCUACAUACAGAGCUGAACUCGACCAGCUUGGCAGGUCAACACAUGCUUUGCUGCAAGAAUCCCGAGCGACUCCCCUCGCGUCGCAUCCCGGUGGCAUCCUUGCCAAAGAAGUCAAAGCCCGCACACGCGAGGCCCUACCCGGACGCGCACCCGGACAGCGCACACAACGGCCGUCUGCCCAUGCCCAUCCCUGCGCCUGCACGCCCCUACCCGAUCCCGCACCCUCGUACUGUUGGCCGCUUUUUAUGGUACGCACUACUCUCGAUAUCGCCGCCUUCCGAUCUGCAUCCUUCGUUAGAGCGGAGGGCGCGGAGCGAGUGCCGCGCUUCGACAGCUCUGGUACCGCCCGCAGCUUUACCCCCCGGCCUCCAAGGUCCCUCGCGAACGGAGAGUUCGUGCGCCCAACACCGUACUUUGACCGUUGCGAGCGGCGCCGUGUCCGCUCUUGUUCGCGUCGCCGCUCUGCCCCGUCCUCGUCCUCGUCCUCCGCAGCGAGCGUCGUUCCAUCCCAUGUGGUGUACUCGCCGCCGCCGCCCCUGCUGCCCAGUCAAUCGGCAACCGGGCCCGUGCGCCCCGCGUCGUACGGGCCGCCACACCCCGCUCGGCAUCGUCACCGGGACCGUUGCGAGCGCACGCUGUCUGAGCCUCCGGUCCUCCGCGUUCUCGUGGCACCUUCGUCGUUCGAUCCCGCGUUGUAUUGCGUCGCGGGCUGGCCGGGUCGUGUCAUCACGGUGCCCGUGUUGCCCGCGGGGUCCGUCUUUUCUCACGCUCUCUCUCUCAGAUUCGGACUCUGGCUUUGCGUGGCGCGUGAGGUGGGAUUUGGACGUGCUGUCUUGCGGCGCGUGUCGCGUGGCCAACGCGUCCUCUUCUCCGGCCAACGCGUUCUCUGGUCUUCAAGGGUCAUGGUUCCGGAUGAGUCUAUGAGUACUAUCUCCCAAGCCCGCCUUCCGCGCGCGCGCGCGCGCCCAACUGCCGAAGAGCAAGAAACGGCGAAGACGGAAAUACGUUCGGACAAAACGCGCCACAACCUAAAUCUACCCGCGGCGUCCGCGUCCGCGUCGGCAUUGGAGAUCUCUCUGGCUCUCUGCCCGUGUACGACAUCGACGCCCCAGAAGAGCGUUUUCGGCUCGCGGCUCGCGGCUUUACAGCGACGGGACACGACCGCUCGGCGUGGUAGGCGACGGGCGACGGGCGACGGGCGGCGCGGUGGGGCUAGCACCCGGCCAACGCGUGCCCAGGAGAGCGCUGUUAGACAUCGACAGGUGAGGCCGCCGCUCGUCUUCGCGUUCUCCGGGAACGUGUUGCCGGACCUCUGUGCCGCUGUGCGCAUUCGCUCACGCCGCGUCAUGUACUCUUGUUCGUAG